CUGACCCUGUGGCAGGGAGCUGCCCGGGUGACAGGGUCAGGAGGCUGGUGUGCUGCCACGCUGAGCUUCGCAAGCUCCUGCACCCACGCCAGCAGCACUCACUGCCCGGCGUCAUGCCCUCCUACACGGUCACUGUGGCCACCGGCAGCCAGUGGUUCGCGGGCACCGACGACUACAUCUACCUCAGCCUCAUUGGGUCUGCGGGAUGCAGCGAAAAGCACCUGCUGGACAAGGCCUUCUACAAUGACUUCGAGCGUGGCGCGGUGGACUCAUAUGAUGUCACUGUGGAUGAAGAACUGGGUGAGAUCCAGUUAGUCAAAAUUGAGAAGCGUAAAUACUGGCUGCAUGAUGACUGGUACCUGAAGUACAUCACACUGAAGACACCCCACGGGGACUACAUCGAGUUCCCAUGCUACCGCUGGAUCACAGGCGAGGGCGAGAUCAUUCUGAGGGAUGGACGUGCAAAACUGGCCCGAGAUGACCAAAUUCACAUCCUCAAGCAGCACAGGCGGAAAGAACUGGAAGCGCGGCAGAAACAGUAUCGAUGGAUGGAGUGGAACCCUGGCUUCCCUUUGAGUAUUGAUGCCAAGUGCCACAAGGAUUUACCCCGAGACAUCCAGUUUGAUAGUGAAAAAGGAGUGGACUUUGUUCUGAACUACUCAAGAGCGAUGGAGAACCUGUUCAUCAAUCGCUUCAUGCACAUGUUUCAGUCUUCCUGGAAUGACUUUGCUGAUUUUGAGAAAAUCUUUGUCAAGAUCAGCAACACUAUUUCUGAGCGAGUCAAGAACCACUGGCAGGAGGAUCUCAUGUUCGGCUACCAGUUCCUGAACGGCUGCAACCCCGUCCUCAUCAAGCGCUGCUCAGAGUUGCCCCAGAAGCUCCCAGUGACCACAGAGAUGGUGGAGUGCAGCCUAGAGCGGCAACUCAGCUUAGAACAGGAAGUACAGGAAGGGAACAUUUUCAUCGUGGACUAUGAGCUUCUGGAUGGCAUCGACGCCAACAAAACUGACCCCUGCACACACCAGUUCCUGGCUGCACCCAUCUGCCUGCUAUAUAAGAACCUCGCCAACAAGAUUGUCCCCAUUGCCAUCCAGCUCAACCAAGCCCCUGGAGACAAGAACCCAAUUUUUCUCCCUUCGGAUGCAAAAUAUGACUGGCUUUUGGCCAAAAUCUGGGUGCGUUCCAGCGACUUCCACGUCCAUCAGACGAUCACCCACCUUCUGCGCACACAUCUGAUGUCUGAGGUGUUUGGCAUUGCCAUGUACCGCCAGUUGCCUGCUGUGCACCCCGUUUUCAAGCUGCUGGUGGCCCAUGUGAGGUUUACCAUCGCCAUCAACACGAAGGCCCGGGAACAGCUUAUCUGCGAGUAUGGCCUUUUUGACAAGGCCAAUGCCACCGGGGGUGGCGGGCAUGUGCAGAUGGUGCAGAGGGCUGUCCAGGACCUGACCUAUUCCUCCCUGUGCUUCCCGGAGGCCAUCAAGGCCCGGGGCAUGGACAGCACUGAGGACAUCCCCUACUACUUCUAUCGUGAUGACGGACUGCUGGUGUGGGAGGCCAUCCUGUCGUUCACAACUGAGGUGGUGAACAUCUACUAUGAGAAUGACCAAGUGGUGGAGGAGGACCAGGAACUGCAGGACUUUGUGAAGGAUGUUUACGUGUACGGCAUGCGGGGCAGAAAAGCCUCAGGCUUCCCCAAGUCCAUCAAGAGCAGGGAGAAGUUGUCUGAGUACCUGACUGUGGUGAUCUUCACAGCCUCGGCCCAGCAUGCAGCUGUAAACUUCGGCCAGUAUGACUGGUGUUCCUGGAUCCCCAAUGCUCCUCCAACUAUGCGGGCCCCACCGCCCACGGCCAAGGGUGUGGUGACCAUCGAGCAGAUCGUGGAUACUCUACCAGACCGCGGCCGCUCAUGCUGGCAUCUAGGCGCAGUGUGGGCACUGAGCCAGUUCCAGGAAAAUGAGCUGUUUCUGGGCAUGUACCCAGAGGAGCACUUCAUUGAGAAGCCAGUGAAAGAAGCCAUGAUCCGAUUCCGCAAGAGCCUGGAAGCCAUCGUCAGUGUGAUCGCUGAGCGCAAUAAGAACAAAAAGCUCCCCUACUACUACCUGUCACCAGACAGGAUUCCCAACAGCGUAGCCAUCUAAGCCUGGCCUUCCCUGGGCCAGCAUCUCUCCGGAAAGGCCAGUGGCUUUGCCAGCCAGACCCCAGCUUGCCUGGCAGGCUCUAGGUGGACCUUCAGGCAGCUGGUGCCUCUUCCUUCCAAGUUAGCAGUGCUGCUCCUGGGCCUGGCUGUUUGAGGAUGGGGGGACAUCACAAAGCUUCAGCACAUGCUGCUUCUUCCUGUCUUUGGUGGAAGUAUAUACACAGUACAGGGACCCCCCGCCCAGCUCAGUGCUUCCACCCUAAGUAGCACAGUGCAGCAGAGUGAGCGACGCCUGUUCGGGUUGGGUCAGGGUUACCUUAUUCUAUGUGUACUUUGUCCAGUUGCUUGCGCGUACGCAGUAGGUGCCCAAAGAAACUUCUUGAAUGAAGAGUUUGUUAUACAAUAAAGUUCAUUUACAGCA